AACAGAGACGGACUUCUUUCCGACAUGCGCCAUUGAAAACAAACGGGACAUAAACCUCUUUCUUUCAUUCCUCUGCUCGCCCUUCUGACAUAUUUUUACCCGUUUUUGUAAUUUUUUGUAAACAAUGGAGACGAUUUUAGAGCAGCAGCGCCGCUACCACGAGGAGAAAGAGCGGCUGAUGGACGCUAAAACUAAAGAAAUGCUCCAUAAGAAGUCCACGCUGCGGGAACAAAUCAAUUCCGACCAUCGAACCAGAGCGAUGCUGGAUAGGUACAUGGAGGUGAGCGCCAACCUGCGAGACUCCUACGAAGACAAGGACGGGAUGAGGAGAGAUGAACUCGCUGCCAUCUCGGGUCCAAAUGAGUUUGCGGAGUUUUACAACCGUCUGAAGCAGAUCAAAGAGUUCCACAGGAAACAUCCCAACGAGAUCUCCAUCCCCAUGUCGGCGGAGUUCGAGGAGCUGAUGAAGGCCAGAGACAACCCCAGCGAGGAGGCUCAGAACAUGGUGGAGUUCACGGACGAGGAGGGCUACGGCCGCUACCUGGACCUGCACGACUGCUACCUGAAGUUCAUCAACCUGAAAGGAGCCGAGAAACUGGAGUACAUCACCUACCUGUCGUCCUUCGACCAGCUCUUCGACAUCCCCAAGGACAGGAAGAACGCCGAGUACAGGAAGUACCUGGAGAUGCUCCUGGAGUACUUGCAGGACUACACGGACCGGGUCAAGCCGCUGCUGGACCAGAACGAGCUCUACGGGAAGGUGCUGACGGACUUCGAGAAGAAGUGGGACAACGGGACGUUCCCCGGUUGGCCGAAAGAGACCAGCAGCGCUCUGACGCACGCCGGCGCUCACCUGGACCUGUCGGCCUUCUCCUCCUGGGAGGAGCUGGCCUCUCUGGGUCUGGACAGGUUGAAGUCGGCUCUCAUGGCGUUAGGACUCAAGUGUGGAGGCACGCUGGAGGAGCGCGCUCAGAGGCUCUUCAGCACCAAGGGCAAAUCCCUGGAGUCCCUCGACCCGUCGCUCUUCGCCAAGAACCCCAAAGCCAAGGGCCCCAAGAAAGACACGGAGCGGAACAAGGAGAUCGGCUUCCUGGAGGCCCAGGUCUACGAGUACGUGGAGAUCCUCGGGGAGCAGCGGCAGCUGACCCACGAGAACGUCCAGAGGAAGCAGGCCCGGACCGGAGAGGAGCGCGAGGAGGAGGAGGAGGAGCAGCUCAGCGAGAGCGAGAGCGAGGACGAGGACAACGAGAUCAUCUACAACCCCAAGAACCUGCCGCUGGGCUGGGACGGCAAGCCGAUCCCCUACUGGCUCUACAAGCUCCAUGGCCUCAACAUCAACUACAACUGUGAGAUCUGCGGGAACUACACCUACAGGGGACCCAAGGCCUUCCAGAGACACUUCGCCGAGUGGAGACACGCUCACGGGAUGAGGUGUCUGGGGAUCCCCAACACGGCCCACUUCGCCAACGUCACGCAGAUCGAGGACGCCGUCUCCCUGUGGGCCAAGCUGAAGUCCCAGAAGGCCUUGGAGCGGUGGCAGCCGGACACGGAGGAGGAGUACGAGGAUUCCAGCGGGAACGUGGUCAACAAGAAGACCUACGAGGAUCUGAAGAGGCAGGGCUUGUUGUGAAGACGCCCGGCGUUAAUCGUCAGUCCCAUUUUUGUUUUUUCUACCUUUUGUUUUUAUUUGUAACGAGUAAAGUUUGAAGAACCGCCCCCUCCCACGUCUGCCUUUCUUACCUUUGUAACAUGGUAUCUGUCUGUCCAUGGCUCUAAUAAACCCGAUGGUUUUCGCCACAG